GCAACCUGCAAUAGAUGUAAAAUCCACAACUCAGAAUGCUUCAAAUACAUUGCAUCAAAGUGGAACUUGUAAUAUUCCAUUAAAUUCAUCUAUUUCAUCUGGGAAUUUUUCAAGAAAGCGUGAUAUUGAAGAAUCAGAAAUCAACUCACAAGUUAAUAGAAAACACAUUAAAACUAGCGAUAAUGUAGUUUCGGAAACUCUAAAUUAG